UACCCGACAGAGACACACAGCCGACAGAGCAAUAGAGGGAGGAAAGAGCUGGGAGGGAGAGAGGGAGACGAGCAUCUUGUUCCAAUGAAACACCAAGCAGUGUGACGAUGACAGCGAAAGGCAGACAUAAAGCGGUCCCCUUCCCCCUGGCCCAUCGGCUCACCAUGAAGGAGGUGUUUGAUGCCGAGGGUCGGCCGCGGGUGGACAUGCUCAAAGCCCACCUCACUAAGGAAGGCCGACUGGAGGAGGCGGUGGCCCUGCGCAUCAUCGAUGAGGGCGCCGCCAUCCUGCGCCAGGAGCGCACUAUGCUGGACAUUGAGGCGCCAGUCACGGUGUGCGGAGACAUCCACGGCCAGUUCUUCGACCUGAUGAAGCUGUUUGAAGUGGGGGGCUCUCCUGCCAACACUCGCUACCUCUUCCUAGGGGACUACGUGGACAGGGGCUACUUCAGCAUCGAGUGCGUGUUAUACCUGUGGUCACUGAAAAUCCUCUACCCAAAGACGCUCUUUCUUCUACGGGGAAACCAUGAAUGUAGACAUCUGACAGAAUAUUUUACCUUCAAACAAGAAUGUAAGAUCAAGUACUCGGAGCAGGUGUAUGACUCCUGCAUGGAGGCGUUUGAUUGCUUGCCCCUGGCAGCCCUGAUGAACCAGCAGUUCCUGUGCGUGCACGGGGGGCUUUCGCCAGAGAUCCACACGCUGGACGACAUCAAGAAGUUGGACCGGUUCAAGGAGCCCCCAGCGUUUGGGCCCAUGUGCGACCUGCUGUGGGCCGACCCUCUGGAAGACUUUGGCAACGAGAAGACCCAAGAGUACUUUGGCCACAACACAGUCAGAGGCUGCUCCUAUUUUUACAGUUACCCAGCAGUGUGCGAGUUCCUGCAGACCAACAAUCUGCUGUCAAUCAUCAGAGCACAUGAAGCACAGGACGCCGGGUAUCGUAUGUACAGGAAGAGUCAGACUACAGGUUUUCCCUCCCUCAUCACAAUCUUCUCUGCUCCAAACUACCUGGAUGUCUACAACAACAAAGCGGCGGUGCUGAAGUAUGAGAACAAUGUGAUGAACAUCCGUCAGUUCAACUGCUCUCCUCACCCCUACUGGCUGCCCAACUUCAUGGACGUCUUCACUUGGUCGCUUCCUUUCGUGGGAGAAAAGGUGACUGAAAUGCUGGUCAAUGUCUUGAGUAUCUGCUCCGACGACGAACUCGUGAACGACGGAGAGGAGAUCUUCGACGCCAGUGCAGCUGCAGCCAGGAAGGAGGUGAUCAAGAACAAGAUUCGUGCCAUAGGGAAGAUGGCUAAAAUGUUCUCUGUUCUACGGGAGGAGAGUGAGAACGUGCUGACCCUUAAGGGUUUGACCCCUACGGGCAUGCUGCCCAGCGGAGUGCUGUCUGGGGGCAAGCAGACCUUACAGAGCGCUACCAUUGAGGCCAUUGAAGCCAUCGAGACAGUUAAGGACGCUGAAGCCAUCCGAGGCUUCUCCCCGCAGCAUCGGAUCAGCAGUUUCGAGGAGGCCAAAGGCCUGGAUCGGAUCAACGAGAGGAUGCCUCCGCGCCGCGUCGGCGUCAACAGCGUGGGCCUGUCGAUGGGCCGCAUGAACAUGGGAGAGCCCAACGGGACCGACAGCAACAGCAAUAUACAGUGAUGGACGUCCACGACUCCCACAUGCCCAGACACACACCUGCAGUUUCAACAGCUAUAGACACCCCUACACAGGCAUACAUACACGACAAAAAUACACCACGAACACACACACACACACACACACACACACAAAGAUACAAACACAGUAUCGCAUUCACUGAAUAGGCUCCGGACAACAUCGCACACACGAUUACCCCCCCCAACUCCCCCUCCCCAUAUGGCGCUGUAUGUAAAGGCAGAGUCCCUACACCGGACUGUUCGGCCCUAUUUAAAGAACUACAACUCCCACGUACCUGCACAACAAACAGGAAAGACGCUACGAAAACUCGCCCAUACGAAGCAGGAGGAUCCGCCGCUCCGCGUUGGGGGUCGACAGCGGGUCGACAGCGGGUCGGCGGUGUCGGCGUGCCGGGCCUGCGUAGGUUGGGUGCGUUGUGCCGGGAGGGGCCGAGUGUUUGCCAGGCGGAUGGGGGAGAGGAUGGCCUCUCUCCCUUCCCUAGAGUUGCAGAUAUGCCUGCGUGUUUGCUUUAACAAGUAAAUGCUGUUCUCGUUUUUUGUUUGCAAACACAGGUGAGAUUCCUUUGUUUGAUCGUUAUGUGCGGUGUGCUGACGUUUGAAGACAAUCUCAGCCGCAGUCGGAUCUGAGCCCUCUUCUUCUCAGGAGGUCAUUCCCGUUUGCUUCUGUAGCAUUACACUGUACACAUCCUCUACAAGACAAGUGGAGCCCCCCCCACCCCCAACCCUCCACUCCGGCCCCAGGCCCAGGCUUGAAACGGGGCCUGGGUGUGAUCUGAAGCGUGUGGUCCCGACCUGUUGCGUGUACAUAGGUUACAUAGAGAGGUUUUAAUGCACAUGUGCUGCGUAUGGUCACAAGAUGCAGGAUAGCGGACGUACGAUGCUUUCUGUAUGAGAAGGAGGCGGAGGUGGGGGGUGUGUGUGUGGGGGGGGGUUGAAAUGUGAAGUCAUACUCCAUUCAUUCUCUUUCUAUAUCCUCCUUUCUUUCCGUGUUGCUGUCUUCUGACUCACAGCAGUGACGGGUGAUAUUUCACAAGGGAAACAGACAUGACGGGUACAAGAAGUCGGAAAAGGAAAAGGUCCUUGUAAAGCAUUUAUAUUAACGCAUCAGUGCAUGCAUGAGUUAAGUUCUUUGAUAAUAAUGUGAAGAUUAUAUCCGUGCUCUGUGUUUCACUAUGGUAGGAUUUGAUUUGUUUUUGUUUUUUCUGGCUAAUAUAAAUGAACUGAGGAAUAAUGAAUAAAUGAUUUUGUACAUAAUGUUAAUUUAACUUAUUUUUUGUAUUCAUUUUGUGUUAUAUUUCCUUGUUUUGUCAUGUUUUCUUUUUCACAGCCUGUGUAUCUGCUUUCUUUUGACGCUGUACAGGUGACGGUACGCUUCUAUUCAAAGUGUCAAGUCCACGUUCUCUCCUCUCUUCUUCGUCGGUGUACAGGAGUGUUUUUCAACGAUAAAUAUGAAUAACGAUUAUUAAACUGGCAUCGAUGAAUGACCACACUAUUUACAGAGGCACAGGCAUUCGGGCAGCUAAACGCAUGAUUGCAUGGUUAAAACUUGCGCUGUUUAAAACAAAAAAGCAGCGGGACGCGUUUUAACAGAAAAGCCGAUGUGUUGCCGUCCAAAUUUAAAGGAUAAAAAAGUGUACUCUCUCUGAUCAUAAUUCUUGGUGAUUCCUUUUGUUAUUUGAUGAUACUUAUGAUUCUAUGAUUAGUAUGAUUCUAUUUAUUAUCGACAUUAUUCUUAUAUUCCAGCCCUCUCUGUCUCUCUCUCUCUCUGCUGGUUGCUCUUCAUGUUGCGUUGCUCCUCGGUUGAUCUUGUUGUGCUUCUUUGGGAGAAGUGAACCCCCCCUGCGCCAUAAACAAUGUGCCACGGUUCAAACCUUCUUUCUCUCUUCAGGCGUUCCUCUCUCUCUCUCUCUCUGUUCUGAUCCCCCAAUCACUAACACUGUAAGCAUGCCCCACGGGACGAACCACUUUUUUACUCUUGAAUAAAAUAUGCAUGAACCUUU